AAAAUCUUAGUGAUGAACAAAUUGUUAAUUUAGUACAAUCUGAAAAAAAAGAAGAAAAUGAAGAAAGUGAUAGCAAUGAUGAAGAGAUACUUCCAGUAUCAGUUAAAAAUGCAGUUAGUGGAGAAUCUGAAACAAUAGUUGAAUUUGAAGAGGAUCCUUUUGAUGAAACCACACCAGAUAUUGAAAUGAAAAAAGUAAUCAAUAUAAACAUUACCCAUUCUGACCAUGUUGAUUUUUCACUUGACGAUAAGUAUAGUGAUGAGAAUGAGGAAAACAAAUUUGAAAAUAAUGAUGAUGUCCAAAAUAAUUUAAAAUAUGAAUUAGAAGAUUUGAAAAAAU